UUUUGUAUUUAUUAUGGUUGAAACAUUAACUAACAAUAUAAACAUUACAUGAUAAAUGUAGUUGUAUAUUAGUAUCAAAUAACGAAUUUUAUGUACAUUUCGAUGAAAUAGGAAAAAGAUUCUCUUUCAUGAAAAUACAUAUGUGACUACAUGUUUAUAUCUAUAUUCAGCAGAAAAGAACACAUCUUUUCCGGUUAAAAAAAUCCAAAUGGUACCUCGGCUCCCAUAUACAAAUGACACAAACUAUACCAGCCUACCCCCAUAUACCAGUAACAACACAAACUAUACCAGCCUGCUCCGAUAUACCAGUAACACAAACUAUACCAGCCUGCUCCGGUAUACCAGUAACAACACAAACUAUACCAGCCUACUCCCAUAUACCAGUAAAAACACAAACUAUACCAGUAACUACACAAACUAUACCAGUAACAACCCAAACUAUACCAGCCUACUCCCAUAUACCAGUAACAACACAAACUAUACCAGUAAUAACACAAACUAUACCAGUAACAACACAAACUAUACCAGCCUGCUCCCAUAUACCAGUAACAACACAAACUAUACCAGUAAUAACACAAACUAUACCAGUAAUAACACAAACUAUACCAGCCUGCUCCCAUAUACCAGUAACAACACAAACUAUACCAGUAAUAACACAAACUAUACCAGUAACAACACAAACUAUACCAGCCUGCUCCCAUAUACCAGUAACAACACAAACUAUACCAGUAACAACACAAACUAUACCAGUAACAACACAAACUAUACCAGCCUACUCCCAUAUACCAGUAACAACACAAACUAUACCAGUAACAACACAAACUAUACCAGCCUGCUCCCAUAUACCAGUAACAACACAAACUAUACCAGUAACAACACAAACUAUACCAGCCUACUUCCAUAUACCAGUAACAACACAAACUUUACCAGUAACAACACAAACUAUACCAGCCUACUUCCAUAUACCAGUAACAACACAAACUAUACCAGUAACUACACAAACUAUACCAGCCUGCUCCCAUAUACCAGUAACAACACUAACUAUACCAGCCUACUCCCAUAUACCAGUAACUACACAAACUAUACCAGUAACAACACUAACUAUACCAGUAACAGCACUAACUAUACCAGUAACAGCACUAACUGGUAUACAAUCAAAUACUCAAACUAGCCUCCUUACGUAUACUGAUAUAGCUGGUCAGUCCAUGGUAUGUAUAGUUAUAUAGCUGGUCAGUACAUGGUAUGUAUAGUUAUAUAGCUGGUCAGUCCAUGGUAUGUAUAGUUAUAUAGCUGGUCAGUCCAUGGUAUGUAUAGUUAUAUAGCUGGUCAGCCCAUGGUAUGUAUAGUUAUAUAGCUGGUCAGUCCAUGGUAUGUAUAGUGAUAUAGCUUAUCAGUCCAUGGUAUGUAUACUUAUAUAGCUGGUCAGUCCAAAGUAUGUAUACUUAUAUAGCUGGUCAGUCCAUGGUAUGUAUAGUGAUAUAGCUGGUCAGUCCAUGGUAUGUAUAGUUAUAAGGCUGGUCAGUCCAUGGUAUGUAUAGUUAUAUAGCUGGUCAGUCCAUGGUAUGUAUAGUUAUAUAGCUGGUCAGUCCGAGGUAUGUAUAGUUAUAUAGCUGGUCAGUCCAUGGUAUGUAUAGUUAUAUAGCUGGUCAGUCCGAGGUACGUAUAGUUAUAUAGCUGGUCAGUCCCAGGUAUGUAUAGUUAUAUAGCUGGUCAGUCCAUGGUAUGUAUAGUUAUAUAGCUGGUCAGUCCAUGGUAUGUAUAGUUAUAUAGCUGGUCAGUCCAUGGUAGGUAUAAUUAUAGUAUGUACAAAGUAUGUAUAGUUAUAUAGCUGGUCAGUCCAUGGUAUAUAUAGUUAUAUAGCUGGUCAG